CAAGCACGCGCAGAUAAACCAACCUUCCACUCCUUAUUAUUCAUUUCCUUUCCUUUCCUUUCCUUUAUUACUAAUAAUAAUCAUUUUCAUUUAUUCAAACAUUCCAAACAAACGCCACACACACACACACACACACACACACACCAGAUGUGUGACCACGAUGACUGGGUCAACCUCGCCAUGGCCGAUGACUCCACCGUCGCCGGCCUCCUCCUCAACCUCCACCACCGCCCUCAUCCUCACCUCCACUGGACCGUCCGCCAGCGCCGCUCCACGCACAAAACCUCCCCCGCCACCACCAGGGCCAGCCCCACCACUCCCCUCUCCUGGAGCGGCGCCGCCACGUCAGUCAGCUGCGGCGCAAACAACGUCGAUAGCCACGAGGAGGAGUCUAGCCACCUCACAAAACAUGCCGGAGCAUCAAGAUCUGAUAAGGUUGCUAAUCCAAGUGAAACAGUCACUACUAAAAAGGCAAGAAGAAAAAAGACUUUAGCUGAAUUAAAAGAGGAGGAGAGUUUGUUGUUGAAAGAAAGGAGAAAUUUGAAAAAUGAACUGGCAUCUUUGCGUAUUACUGUUGACCAACAGAUAGCCACAAAUGAAAGCUUAAAGAAAAUGAAGCUUGAUUUGGACUUGCGACAGAACUCAAAUACAACUACAACCUCCGAAGUGUCUGGGAAAGUUAUCUAUGGCCGCCCAUCUCAGUUUAUGGAGGCAGAGUGUCGUCCAUCUAAUUCAGUCUACCCAAAAAUUGUCACACAUGAGGUUCUUGAUCACGAUUCACUUGUUUACGCAGCAAAUGCUUCUUCAAAAGCACAAGAGAUUGGUAAUCAAGAAUCUACAUUCAUACUCCCGGAUCUAAACUUGCCUGUGGAGGAGGAUUUCAGCAUCAAUGCCAUGCAUUGAAUUAGCUAAUAAAUGAUUAGAUCAAUAGUGAUAUUCUGCAUACUGAUAAGUUAUUAAGUUAGACCAAGGUAAUCUUACAAUAUUUCUAAGAGAGGACCACUAAUAAUACUUACUUUAACCCUCUCUUUGAAAUAUUUUUAUUAGUUGAAAUCCAUAUGGGUUCCACUAAAUUGGGAAUGAGGCUCUUGUAAUUUAAUGAAUCCCAUAUGAAAUUCAGCUAAUAAAGGAGAAAAAUGUUGAAAAUGAAGUGUUAAAGUAAGGGUUGGUGGCAUUUCUCAUGCCUAAUAAGGUAUAGCACCUCAAUCCUAACAACUUAGGCUCUGCUAAUGUAAUUGUAGAUGCUAAGCCAUUCACUUUCCCACUUAGUCAAAACUAAUGUGGAUUUUUUUUUUUUUUAAUUCUUGAUGACACUGAGGGUAGUGUAGAAAUCUUAACAUGUCAAGCUUAGUUCCAUUUAUCUCUAUUCACAGAUUUCUACAUUGUCCAAAUUUCUUUCGGCAACCCCAAUCCUCUUCUUUAUCAUAGAAAUAUUUACCGAUUAAUGUAAUAUUAUGUGUUCUACAGAUAAUCCAAAAACUUUGGUUAUUGUAGCGAGGUUUUCUACAUCUUUCAUGAUUUGUUUAAUUGUUGAUUCUCUUGAAAUUUAAAAGCUUGUUAUGUGCGUUGAAGGAUUUAUAGCUAGUGUACCCGAGCACGAGUCCUUCCAUUUUUAUAUGAUUCAUAUUCCCAUCUAAUUAUGUUAGUUAGUUUUCUGUUAUAAUAGCUAUAUAUCUAUUAUUAGUUAAUUAUUAUGGCUGUUAUACAUUUGGUUAGUUGUACACUAAGUACAAAUACUCAGUAAGAAAAUCAAUGCAACAACUCUAUUCCAUUUUCAUCAAAUGAUCAUAUUCAAUAUGGUAUCAGAAUCAGACUAUCAGUGAUCUCUUAGCAAUCACUGCAAAUUUUUCAAAACUGAUUUGCUUCUUCUUAAAGCUUCUCUUCUUGGUCAUAGCUUUGAAGAAUUUCUCCAAUCCGUUUUUGUUCCAUCACUCUAAUGCCUUGGUCUGGUGAUAGUUUCGGAACCUCUUACUGGAUCUGCUAAUUAGAAUGAAUGGAGCAUGGUCAUGCUUGUUGUGCUCUCAGUAAAAACACAGAUAGUAGGUGGUUUGAUAUGGGCGAACGUAGUUGUUAUGUAAUUGGGCUAACUAAUAUUCUGUACUUAAUGGGCCGGGUCACCCAUGAUCCUUCCGGAUUAAAAACCCAAGCUAUAAAUAAAGGCACCACCCAAGCGGUGGGGGGACCCUAUCAUUUUUACA